CGCUCCCGGAAGUUACACCGCAUAAAGUGUUUGGGGUUUGUUUCCUGACAGACGCUGGGGUUCCUGCCGCUAUUGCGAUAAAAACAGCUAUUGUCGGGACAUCUGACGCUCAACACAGGUUUCUCUCCGUUGCAUAUUCCUAUGGACCAGCAGGCCCAGUCCUACAUGCUUGCCAGUCUGACGCGGCCCCACUCUGAGCAGCUGCUGCAAGGCCUCCAGCUGUUGCGGCAGGACCAUGAACUGUGCGACAUUGUGCUGCGAGUGGGGGAUGCUAAGAUCCAUGCUCACAAAGUGGUGCUGGCGAGCAUCAGCCCUUACUUCAAGGCCAUGUUCACGGGAAAUCUGUCAGAGAAGGAGACCUCUGAGGUGGAGUUCCAGUGUGUUGAUGAGGCUGCGCUACAAGCCAUCGUUGAGUAUGCCUACACUGGCACAGUAUUCAUCUCACAGGAAACGGUGGAGUCCCUACUGCCAGCUGCUAACCUACUCCAGGUCAAGCUGGUGCUGAAGGAGUGUUGCUCUUUCCUAGAGAGCCAGCUAGAUGCUGGAAAUUGUAUAGGCAUCUCUCGCUUCGCUGAGACCUAUGGCUGCCAUGAUCUCUGCCUGGCUGCCACUAAAUUCAUCUGCCAGAAUUUUGAAGAGGUGUGCCAGACAGAGGAGUUUUUUGAGCUGACACGGGCGGAGCUGGAUGAAAUAGUGUCAAAUGAUUGUCUGAAGGUGGUAACAGAAGAGACUGUGUUCUAUGCCCUGGAGUCGUGGAUCAAAUAUGAUGUCACUGAGCGGCAGCAGCACCUGGCUCAGCUACUGCACUGCAUCCGCCUGCCUCUCCUCAGUGUUAAGUUCCUUACCCGCCUCUACGAGGCAAACCACCUUAUCCGGGAUGACCACGCCUGCAAGCACCUGCUCAACGAGGCUCUCAAAUACCAUUUCAUGCCUGAGCACCGGCUCUCCUACCAGACGGUGUUGUCUACACGGCCACGCUGUGCUCCCAAGGUGCUCCUUGCUGUUGGAGGCAAGGCUGGACUCUUCGCCACCCUCGAGAGCAUGGAGAUGUAUUUCCCUCAGACGGACUCAUGGAUUGGGCUUGCCCCUCUCAGUGUGCCCCGCUAUGAGUUUGGAGUGGCAUUGUUGGACCAGAAGGUGUACGUGGUGGGUGGCAUUGCCACACACAUGCGACAGGGCAUUAGCUACCGGAGACAUGAGAGCACAGUGGAGAGAUGGGACCCUGACAGCAACACCUGGUCCACAGUGGAGCGUAUGGCAGAGUGUCGCAGCACCCUGGGGGUAGUGGUCUUGACUGGGGAGCUCUAUGCCCUGGGGGGCUACGACGGCCAGUACUAUCUACAGUCUGUGGAAAAAUAUGUCCCCAAGGUGAAGGAAUGGCAGCCUGUGGCACCCAUGACCAAGUCACGCAGCUGUUUUGCCACCGCUGUGCUGGAUGGCAUGGUCUAUGCCAUCGGAGGCUAUGGCCCAGCCCACAUGAACAGUGUAGAGCGGUAUGACCCCAGCAAGGAUGCCUGGGAAAUGGUAGCCCCCAUGGCAGACAAACGGAUCAACUUUGGUGUUGGGGUCAUGCUAGGGUUUAUAUUUGUGGUUGGGGGACACAACGGGGUAUCACACCUGUCCAGCAUUGAGAGGUAUGACCCACACCAGAACCAGUGGACAGCCUGUCGGCCCAUGAAUGAGCCACGUACAGGGGUUGGCUCAGCGAUCGUGGACAACUACCUCUAUGUGGUGGGGGGUCACUCGGGGUCAUCCUACCUGAACACUGUCCAGCGGUACAACCCCAUCACAGACAGCUGGCUGGACUCUAGUGGCAUGAUGUACUGCCGCUGUAACUUUGGGCUGACUGCUCUUUGACCCAUGAUACCCCUGGGUAGGACUCCUUAAGAGAAGAGUUGGACGAAAGGCUUUUCUUUUCUUUUUUUCCCCCCGUUCAUCACCAGCAGGCUGAGGGCGGUGCCACACUGCCGUGAAUCCCGGCGAGUGAGCUUGCUGCUGGAUGAAUGUGCCCAGCUGGCGACAGGGGACCACCGAGAUGGCCAGAGUGAGAAGGGUCAGGUCUGGUUUGGGUGGAGGAAGGCGUGGGGCAGACCACCAUGGAUCUUGUCACAGAGAUGACCACUACUGCUGCUGGACCACAACGAGGACUCUGCCAUUUUACAGAGGACUGUGGGAGAGAACUAAGUGGAGGGGGGAGAAAAAAAAAGAAAAUAAAAAGUGUAGACUUAUGUUUAUGCCAUUAUUUCUGUUAAACACUCCAGACUUUUUUUUCUUCUUCCUGCUAUGAGCAGAACAUGUGUUCCAAUUUUCUGGAUCCUUAAAGUUUGUGUGUGCGUGUGGCGCAGAAUGUCUGUAUGCUUGUGAGUAGAUGCAUGUCAGAUUAAAUGAUUGUUAUUUUGUUUCUGUGUGCUGGACUAAAGCUCAGGCAAGGUGAUUGGCUCACACACUGAGUUUGAAAUGUCUGCAUCUAAAUCAGUGCUUCACAAAGAGAAAUUGGAAUCUUUAUAUAUUCACUUACAAGGGCUGCCUUUUUUCUCUGUAAAUGAAAAGAAAUAGAUAUGAAUAUAUCCUCUAGUGCAUUGCCUGUAAAUGUUUUUUGCACUGGUUACUAGUGUGUGUGUGUGUGUGUGUGUGUGUGUGUAUUUGAAUCGAGGGUUGAAGGAGAGGUUAGGAAGGAUAAGCAAACCCCAAUGAAUUCUCCUGAGAGUACUUGCCACCUGUCUGUUUCAUCCUUGGAGAAAUUCUGAGAUUCCCCCCCAUGUUACAGCUUCUAUUACAUCAUCCUGUGGUAGGGUCACACUUCAUCCUUCUUCAUAAGCAUUCAAAAGUGACCCUGUCCCUCUUCACUGUUGGGUUUGUAUGCUGCUAACUGGUGCUAUAUUCAGGAUUCUCUUAUUUUUAUUAUUUGUUCCUCUGUUACUGUUGUCGAUGUAUAUGCCCCAACUUGACAAGCUCCCAUGCAAUAAAGCAGGGUUUUUGCUUUGAGCCCCAUGUUAAAUUAAACUCUUGAGGCAGUUUAUCAAUACAUUACUGAUCUGAUGAUUUCAUUCUUUAUCCCCAGGGAUGCCAUCUGUUAAGCUAUGGUUUGCCUGAAACAUUGUCCCUGCAAUUAAAUAGUAGUGCAUCUGGUUGCCCACUAUCACUGCCAGUUUCCUUACAAAGAAAGUCUGUGAGAUUGUUGUGCUCUAAUGGGUUAGGAACAAGCCUCUUGUUUAGCAUGUGAAUGAUCCCUACACCCUUCUGCUUGCUUGCCACCUCUCUGCUGAAGCAUGUGUGAGGAGCUGCAUGUGGCCAAGGGCUUCCUGACAAGCUCAGGGAAGAGUGCAUAUACACAGCCUCAUGAGACAUGCCAAAAUAUGCGUUCACAAGUCUGGUGUAACUUUCCCACCUACAGACAGAGCUACAAAUAGCUUUCCUAUGUGUGCCAGAAUCAAAGGGUAAUUUUCACUGCUAAUGUAUGGUACGUGUGACAUACCGCCCUGCUGUCAUAUGGAGGGGUGGAUGUGGUGUUGUCUCUGUCAAGGGAAAUUGCCACUGUCACAAAGUCUUUGACAGGCCGACAAGGGCAUGGGGACAGAGCUCAAAGUGCACAGAGCUCAAAGUGCACCCCCCUUCCUCCAGCAGGCUGCAGGCUGAGUCUGGGUGUUGUAGAUUUGGGUCACUCUAAAGGACAGGUAACAUGAGGCAAUAGAGAGAACUAAUGUGAUGUGUAAACCUCAAGAGUCCCUGUUGUUGGUCCAGAAUGAAAGAGUUGUUUCCUUGUAUUGUACAUUAUAGAUAUUUGCACAUGUGGAAAACUUCAAUGGAGCUCUGCAUUGCACUUACCAAACUAUUUGAUAUGAAGUGUAAUUUCAAUUUGUACAUAGGUCUCGAUUUAGGUUUAUGGCAUUUAAACAAUGCAAUAUUGUUUUCAGUGGAUACAAUUUUUGCUUUGAAUUUGACUUCCUCAAAGUCAGGGUGUUUCAUAUUGCUGUGAUGUUAUCACACGUGGCAUGUCUGUCUGUUCACAUGUUUAUAUUGUCUGUUGAAAGACCACUGUUAUUCAAACCUCUGUUUUCCUCAUCCCGCUUUGCAUUGUGUGCUCUUGUCUUUGGGAACAUUUCCAAUGUUGUGCCUGUCAGUUCACAUGUACUAGGAAAAGUUUGCAGACAGAUGCAUUGUGUACUCCCGUAAAAAAUACCAGUUAUUGUUUUGCAUUUUUCACAAGUAAUGUAAGAUUGGCACAAGACUUUGACUGUGUAUGGGUCUUGCUCUAAGCCAUCUUAUCGGUCUCACCAGAGAGCAGCCUUGCAGUCACAGUACUGCAGUUUUGUGUGUUCUUCCAUUUAACACACUUGUCAGUUGUGGUUACAAAUGACAGUACACUUUAGCUCUUACCCUCUAACUUUACCUUGGACUAUUUAGUCUUGCUCUAGCAAUAAGAGGCCGAGUACGAGCUUGUCCAAACAAGUAUGUGAGUUUUUCACAAUACUUCAUUUAUUUUUGGUUUAGUCUUAGGGGUAAUUAAAUUGGAUUUCAAGGUGUCAGGGUUAGAUGGCUGCUGCUGUGUUUUUUUUCUCAUCCUGGAAUAGUGGGCUUUAUCAUUUCACACUGUAAACAUCUCCAGCAAUCCUGUCAUUUUCUUCAUGUUUUUUUUUAAAGACGCCAUUGUUAAGUUGUCAUGGGAUGCAAGUAAAUGGUGAGCCAUUUUAACCUGCAUGACUGUACAGCUCACAGUCAUUUCUUUGGAUUUUAUUCAUUUGAAAUAAUGUGAAUGCAAAUCUAACAUUGCAAACAACUAAUUGGGGAAACUUUACAUUCUUGGGAGAUCCUAAGAUACACAAACAGUGCAUUUUUGGGGGGUGAAUAAAUGGCCAUUUCAUAUAGUUCAAAAGGAUCUAAUACUUUCUUUUAAACAUUUGCCAUUUAUUGAAUAUUUCUUCCAUUUAGAUUGUGUGUACUUUUUAACACUUGAUGUUAGGUAAAUGAGGCAUUCGUCUAUCCACAACAGGCUGGUAGGAUGAGCCUGAACAUCAGAACAGUGAAAAUCACGCAGGCGUGAUUGUCUGCAGCUACCAUCUAUUGUCAAGCAUUUGUUUUACUAGCAUGUAGGUUAACCUUGUGGGGAUAUUGAAAACCACAAUGUUAGGGAUGUAUUUAUACUGACUUAUUCACUGCGUUGGCGGGAAAACUCUUGGUCAUACGUGGAAUCUGAAAACAAACUGCAAAAUGAAGGGAUGUAUAGAUGUGUGUGUGAAGUUAAUUUACUUAUUUAUCAUGGCCUAACCAUGUCUUGUUUUGACAACUUUCACCAAAGUGCUUGUUUUAAAGAAUGCAGAGGGAGUACUAAUAUCAAGUCUGGAAAAGACUCACUGCUGUCUCGUGUCUAAAAAAAUAAAAGAAUUGAAACCGAUGUCAAUGUUAGCCAAAUGAACACUGCUUCAUUUCCAUUUCCCAUGAGUGUGUCUGAAGGUGAUAUUUUUGAAUUGUAUAUCCUGUGGAUUAUUACUGGAACUACAAGAACCUUGCUGUAGAAGCUGCAUUUCCCUCACAUGUUAUCAUGCUUUGAACAUACAUUUUAGCCCGUUUAUUUAUUUGGUGCAGUUGUACCCUGUUAAAAUGAAUAAAUGCCUGCCUUAAAGGUA